AUUGGACACAUUCUUCAAGCACACAUUAUAUCAUGAAACAUCAUCAAGAGGUGUUCCAUGCAGCGUUGUCGGCUGUGAGGCUGCAUUCAAAAAUUACAACUCAUUGCGAAGCCACAUCACAAGGUGUCAUUCUCCGCUUGCACCUCGUAAUGCAACUAACUUCCAAUCCUGCCGGACAUGCAGUGUUAGUUCCUGCAGUGAAGAGGCUUACAGGUGUCUGUCUGGACGGAACAUUGAGCCUGCCCAAAGAUGUCCUCCUCCUCGUGACAUUCCUAUGUUCAAGCCCCAAAAAUGAUGCUGUGCUCGAGUGGAGCCUCAAAAUCAACAAGGCCGAGGCAGAGUUCAAAGAUCAAAACGCAGCAGCUGUCUGCCUCCUCCCAUUGCUUGCAUCCUACUUUCAAGAAAACCUCGGAGAGCUCUUCCAGUUACAUCAGGUGACAACAGAAAUCACAGAGGAGUUUCGUAACAGUCUGCCUGCUUCUCCUGUAAUUGUUGCACUGGGCCGCUCACUUUUCGAAUGCAGCUGCCAGCUGUUUGUGGACCAUGAGGUGAUGGUGGAAGAUGUGGGCUUUCUGCAAGCUGUGGAGCUCCUUUUCGCCCUUUAUUAUUGUUUAAACAUCCAGUAUGCCAAAGGUGCGGGAACCACACUUGAGUUCAUUCAGAGAUACCAGGUUGGUAUCAAACAACAUGAUGGGUCACGACAGGAGGCCGGGAGGUCGAAAGGAGCUCGGGCAAGAGCAAUCAAAGCCGCCACAGAUCUUGCUGCUUUUGAGAAAAAAUGGAACAGUGGGUCGAGGGCAGCAACCUUGAUCUGUCAUGGUGCUGAGUGGCUCAAUGUGGCAAUGCACAGCUCAUCUGAUGAUCGAUCGGAUGCCAUGAAGGUUUCUUUAUAAUUAUGUUCUUUUACGGUUUACAAUAUAGUUCUUCAAUUUCAAAACUGC